AUGGCAGCGCUUAUUGUUCUGCGGAAUGUGAAUAUCACCAAUGCAUGCCAGACUCAGCUUGGAAGGUUAUCAACUUCCAAGUUAUGGAUGCACAACCACGGUUUUGUCGGCCAAGACAAGUCUGUUGAAUUCACUGAACCUACAAGCGUCUGCAAGACUAGCAAUUGGCUGUGCUGUUACCACUGGAUCUGGGCGGGCGGUUAUUAG